UAUGGUAACAGGAUCGGUUCUGCUGCUAUGGACGGGAAUCAACCCAACCUGGCAACUUGCGCGUCGCCGUUCUGCAAGAAGAACGAAGAAAUGAUGGAAAAUUUAGCAAUUUGUCGAUUAAUCGUUCAUAGAUACGAAGGUGAAACAUGUGAAGGAGAGCUUGAUGGAGAAGGUGUUGCUUAUUUUCAAGGAGGCCACUUUUACAAGGGAGUGUUUUCCAAAGGUCUUAUGCAUGGAUGUGGUGUCUUUGAAUGGGCAGGCGGUUUGAAAUAUGAGGGAGAAUUCGUGUCCAAUAAUCUCAUGGGUCGGGGCACGUACACGUGGCCAGAUGGCAGCUCCUAUCAGGGGGAAGUGUAUAAUGGUGUACGACAUGGGACCGGAACUUCUAAAUGUGGCAAAAGUGGUGUGGUGUACAGAGGGCAGUGGCAUCGAGGAGCAAGGCACGGCAAGGGUGCAGUGUUUUAUAAUCAGGAUCAGACUUCUUGGUACAAAGGAGAUUGGGUGAAGAACAACAGAGAGGGUUGGGGAGACAGACUCUACCCGUCUGGUAACGUUUACUCGGGCGAGUGGAAGAACAAUGUGACACAUGGAGCGGGCACGAUGAAGUGGGUGAAGCUGGGACAACAGUACGUUGGUUCAUGGCAGAACGGAGUCCAGCAUGGCAGAGGCACACACGUCUGGUUCCUGAAGAGAGUCGAUGGCAUCCAUUACUACCAGAGCAACCAGUACACAGGAGAAUUCGUUGAGGGUCAGCGGCACGGACAGGGAACCUUUUACUACGCUGGGGGUGCCAUCUAUGAAGGAGAGUGGAAGAAUAAUAAAAAAUGUGGACAGGGAAAAUACACACUCCAGAGUGGGAAUAUGUUUGAAGGAGAGUUUGUGGAUGAUCAGAUGUUGGUCUCCAACCUGCCUGGAAACAAAGCCAAAAGAAUAAAGAUGCCAGGUCCAGAUUCAUCUAUCCUAGGACCACACAUGGUUCUGAAUAUUGGCUCUCUUUUGGAGACAGUUGCUGAGAAAAAACAAGAUACGGAGCGUGAACAGGUGGAGUUUGUGGUUCUGCAGAACAUCACAGAGCUAAAGUCUAUGUAUCGGUUCUACAGCAAACUCUGUGAAUCCAGAUCCCCAGAUAAGAACUUCCUACUGAGCCGCCUGCAGCUCUGGCGCUUGUUGAAAGAUUGUAACGUGCACCAUCAUGACGUCACUCUGUCACAGAUAGAUUUGUUAAUCACAGAGGACGCCACCUCAUCACAGAUCCACUCGCCUUUUACCUCCAUCCUGUUCUGUGGCUUCCUCAGAUGUCUUGUGAUCGUGGCUUACCAUAUCUACCACAAAGACAUGGAGUCACAAAAGAACGUUCUGGCUGCCUGCUUUUCCAGACUGAUGACGGAUGAUGUUCUUCCUAAUGCUAAGAAUGUAAAAGGUUUCCUGUUUAAUGAGCCUGGCCGCUCCGAGGAUGCUGUGAACUACAUGAGCGAUUGCUGGGAAGUUUAUCAGGAUUUCUGCAGGUGCAGUGCAGCCCCCAGAACCGAGCGCACUAUGACCUAUCGACACCUGCUGUGGAUGUUCAAGGAUCUGGAUCUGCUGGACAGUACACUAACCACUGCGAAGCUCCUGCAGAUCAUCAAUGCAGAGAGCCGGGAUCCCAGCAACCAGUCAUCCUGCUUGAAUCUGGAGAUUACAUUCCUGGAGUUUUUUGAGGUCCUGUUGGGCUGUGCUCAGUUAAAAUGCAGUGAGAUUUUUCAGACCCAGGGAGGUCCCAGAUCACCACCAAAAGGCCAACACAACACCAACACAAAGGCCAACAUGGAGUCACCAGAGGAAAGCCAGUUGGUCAGUUAG